AUGUCUGUCUGUGUGCCUGGGCUGUCCAACAAGAUGCUACAGACUGGCGGCCUGAACGGCAGAAAUCCAUCUCAGAGCUCCAGAGGCUGCAAGUCCCACACCAGGGUGUCUGCGGGGUCGCCCUACCAUCCUGCCUGUUUUCAGCUGUACAUGAUCAUGAAGCACUGUGAAAGGAUUGCAAUCUGGGAAUCAAAGGCCACGGCAGGUCCCAAUCCACCCAUAGCGGAUGGGCAGAAUGGUAUUAGGAUUGAGAGAUGUGCAUGUGGUGCUCAGCCGUGCCCCUGUCUUCCUGCCACAGAGAGGACACAGGGUGAAGCCCAGUGGCUUUGGGAGGCAAAGAGUCUGAGUGAGCAGUUGACAGCGGCCUACACUGAUGCCACUUUCCGCCGCAUGACUCUGCUCAAGGUCUCCUCCAGUCUAGCCACGGACCCCUUGCUGGGCUGUGACCUGUCCAUUGUCACAAAGCAUGUCAGCAGCCCCACGCAAGAGCCUGUGGCGUUGCAUGAAGCCUUGGCCACCUUGAACUCUGUCAUGUGCGUGGAGGGCGAAGCUGGCAGUGGGAAGACGGUGCUGCUAAAGAAGAUAGCUUUUCUAUGGGCAUCAGGAUGCUGUCCCUUGUUAAACCGCUUCCAGCUGGUCUUCUACCUGUCCCUUGGUUCGACCAGACCAGACCAGGGACUUGCCAGCAUCAUUUGCGGCCAACUCCUAGGGACAGAGGGAUCUGUUACCAAAAUGUGCCUGCGAACCAUCAUCCAGCAGUUGAAGAAUCAAGUCUUAUUCCUUUUGGAUGAUUACAAGGAGAUGUGUUUGCUCCCCCAAGUCAUAGAGAAACUGAUUCAAAAGAACCACUUGUCACAGACUGGCUUACUGAUCGCCGUCUGCACAAACAGGGCCAGGGCCCUUCGCCACUACCUGGACAGGACUCUGGAGAUCACGGUGUUCCCUUCCUACAACACCAUCUACGUACUACGGACGUUCUUUUUGCAUAACAGAAGCCAUCUGCAGAGGUUUAUGGUUCACUUCAGAAUGAAUGAGGAUUUGCAGAGAAUUCAGAAAACUCCCCUCUUUGUGGCUGCGGUCUGUGCCGACUGGUUUCGGCGUCCGUUCCACCAGUCCUUUGACGAUGAUGCGGUGUUCAAGUGCUACAAGGAAUGCCUUGCUUUGAAGCACAGCGCCUCCGCUGAACUUCUGAAAGCCACUGUGUCCUCCUGCGGCGAGCUGGCUUUGAAAGGGUUUUUCGCAUCUUGCUAUGAGUUUGAUGGCAGUGAGCUCACAGAAGCAGGGGUUGAUGAAGAUGACGACCUGACCAUGAGUCUGAUGAGCAGAUUCUCAGCCCAGAGACUGAGACCAGUCUACCGGUUUUUAAAUCCUGCAUUUCAGGAAUUUCUUGCUGGGACGAGGUUGAUUGAACUCCUGGAUUUGGAGCAGGAGGACCAAGAUUUGGGACUUUUUUAUUUGAGACACAUUGACUCAUCCAUCAUGGCUGUAAGUCCCUAUGGCAAUUUCUUAAACUACAUCUCUAAUCGCACUUCAACAAAGGUGGGACCGAAAAUUCUAUCUCACUUGCUCCAGUUGAUGAGUAAUGAAGCAUCAUUGGAGAUUAUAUCUGAAAAUAAUGACUAUGCGAAGCAGCAUCCGAGGAUGUCAGAGAAGAUGCAAAUAUUUAGGAGCCUGAGGCAAGUAUCUCCGCAAGCUUACUUUUCACUGGUUUCGGAACACUUCCUGACUCUCGCCUUAAAAAUCACUUAUCAAAGCGACACUGUGGUCGCGUGUUCUCCAUUCAUUCUGAAAUUCCUUCAAGGGAGGACCCUGACCUGGAAGGUACCGCAGUUACAGUACUUUUUCGACCACCCAGAAAGCCUGUUGCUAUUGAGGAGUAUCUAGGUCUUGAUACAAGGAGUGAAAGGGGAGCCUAGGCCAGAUUUUUCAGUCAUGGCAGCAUGCUUGGACAAAUCGCAGGCACCGACCAUAGAUCAGGACUACACCUCGGUCUUUGAACCCAUGAAGGAAUGGGAGCAGGAGCUGGCUGAAAAAGAGGAGAGCUUGAAGAACUUCCUGAAGUCCAGCGCCAGGCACCACCGGACGUCGGAGCCGGCUACUGGAAACUCUCCAAAGCAGCCCAAGAUUCCUCUCCUGCAAGUCCACGUGACCAGGGCCAAUGCCGUGGACCAGGACACGCUCAGGGCUCUAACGGCAGCUUUGUCAGCUUCGCAGCACAUCAAACUCCAUUUAAGCCACAGCAGGGGCUUUAUUGAAAGCAUCCAUCCAGCUCUGGAGCCGUGUAAGGCCUCCGUCACCAAGUGCUCCAUAGGCAAUGCUGAGCUCCGCACAGCGGAGCAGGAACUGCUUCUCACCCUGCCUUCCCUGGCAUCGCUUCACGUUACAAGCAUUGAACUACUUUACCCAUUAGGCAGUGACUCCUCCCUCCCACCAGCCCAGUCUGACCAAGUCUUUCCUAAUUUGGACAAAUUUCCCCUGAAAGAACUAUCUGUGAAUCUACAGGGCAACCUAAAUGUUUUCUCAGUCCUCCCUGAAGACUCUGCAAGCUUCCACCAGAUGGAGAAAUCACUGGUCCGCGUGUCGGCUGAGUGUGAUCCUUCCAAACUAGUCAAAAUGAUUCAGAAUUCUCCAAACCUUCAUGUUUUCCACCUGAAAUGUGACUUCUUUUCAGAUUUUGAGUCUCUUAAGACUGCACUUGCUUCCUGCAAGAAACUGAAAGAAAUUGUGUUUUCUGGACCAUUUUUUGAAGCCAUCCCCUUUGUCACCAUUUUGCCAAAUUUUAUUUCUCUGAAGAUAUUGAAUCUUGAAUUCCAACAAUUUCCUGAUCAGGAAACAUCUGAAAAAUUUGGUAUGUUUAUGAAACAGUGCUUUUUCACUUAGGACUCCUACCCUCCAAAU